UCGCGUGCAGUUCACCUUCGACGACGCUACGACCCCAUGGGCCAUAAUGCUUAUGUGUGCGCUGCGCGUGUGAACGUCGUAGGUACCUAUACCUAUCUAUAUACUGUUUUAAGGGGUCACACAAGUCGUCUAGGCGCGCACGGCAAGACAUAAACAGUAAAUCACCAUAACGUCGACCAUAACAUUAAUAUUAUUUUACUCUACUAUACGCUUACUUCGCCGUAUCCGUCGUGUGACUUCGAAAGUACUUAUACGUCUUGCACGUCUAAAUAUACUCCGACCAAAAACCGUGCGCAGCUUCUCUACGACCACGAUGUUGUGAUUGCGAUAACGACGAGCCGCACAGGUUAGGUACGAGAAACUUCCGAUGUGAAUUAUUUUAAAUAGGUUCGGUACCUAUUCGAAAAACAAUAAUAAGAUUUAUAUAAAAUACACGUACAUGUGGUCAUCUCGCGGUACCUACCCACGCCGAAUAUGUUCACGCUCCUGCGAUAGUUGCAGUUGUCUUCGGCGGAAUUCGAGUGGUUACAGGUUUCGGAACAAUAUACAUCAUAGUCCUAUAUGAUAAUAAUAUAUAGUGCAUCAUAAUAUUAUUAUUAUUAUUGUCGUCGCGAGUAAAAAAUAAAAUGCGGUUAGCAAUAAGUCUGUCAGCUGUAUUAAUAGCGUGCAUGGUGCGGGCUACGUAUAAUUUGGAUUGCGAACAAAAUCAAAAUGGACAGUCCAUGAGUUUUUUUAAGACGAAUGGUGAUCUUCUGUUAACUGGUUUUUUUGAUGUUUAUGACGAAAAAUGCUCGGGACCUACCUCUACAGGUAUCCAUUCAAUGGAAAUGGUAGCCACUGUUGUGCAAAUAUUAAAUUCGAUUCAUUACAUUCCUGGCAUUACAUUGGGAUUAACGUUGUACGAAGUGUGCUCAUAUCGAAGUUCAGAUCUCCAAAAAGCUCUGAUAUCGUUUGUAGUCGACAAAGAUUGCAAUAAUUCGACCACUCCAAUUGCCAUUUAUACUACCGAAGACAUACAAGCCAAAAUUAGUCCGUCGAUUGGUUUGGAUAUACCUAUCAUAACGGCAGGACCUAUCAUUGACGUCGACAUUCAUGCUGAAGCAGCCGUCAAGUUUUUAAUCGUAAAUAAUAUUGAUGUCGCGGACGUAUUAGUUGCGCAGGAUCUGGAUGUCGCUCAAAGAUUUGAAAGUGUGGCCAAAGACAACGGAUUGUGUUUGAACAGGACAGUUUUAGCUCAAAAUCUCGGGAAUCUGAACGAUUCCUCAGUAGUCAUUGUUAUGACGAACAAGAAUAUCAUUAAAUCAAUUAUCGAAUCGUCUUCGAGCGUUCGUGUAUCUCAUUUCAUAAUAAUACCACUGGACGGACCUUUACCGCCUAAACCAGACUUUGAGUACGGGUCGUACGUGUUUCAAGCGUACGGCAGUUGCCCGUUCGUAAACAGCAACAACGACAGCAGCAACAGCAACGUCAUCAACAGCAACAACGACAGCAGCAACAGCAGUCACAGCGGCGUUCCCGCCGCGGCCUCGGAACAGCUGCAAGCGGUGUCCGCGCAGUUCGUACAGACGGCCGCGGACGUGUUGCGCGCGGUGGACGCGUAUCUCGGGAACGCCAACGACGGCGACAACGAGUGCGGCCGGAACUCGUCCACGGCACAGUGCGGCGCGGCGGCGGCGGCGGCGGCGGCAAACCGAUCGGCCGCGGGUUAUUACGACGCGGAGACGGUGGGCCGAGUGCUGGACAGGCUGCUGUUGCUGGACGGCAGCGACGGCGAGUACAACGUGACGCUGGUGCACGUGACCGAGUACGGCGGCGGCCAGACGGUCGGCGGUUACGCGCAGGACUCGAACGGCACGCGCCGGCUGUGGCUGCAGCGGGACGGCGGCGGCGGUCAGCUGACGUACCUGGGCAAGUGCAGCGAGACGGACGGCGGGACGUGUCCGACGUGCCGGGAACGGCCGACGGCGGCGACCGCGCCGGCGUCUCCGCCGCACGGACCGCUGCUGGUCACGUGGAAGGUGGACGUGUGGAUCGCGUCCACGCUGACCGUGUCGGCGGUGGGCGCGACGUGCGCCGCGUGCAUAGCGUCGUUCAUACUGAUGCGGGUGUGCAAGAAGGACGUGAUGGAGGGCAACCCGACGUUCACGUUCGUGCUGGUGGCCGGCACGCUGCUGAUGUACGCCAGCGCCGUGCCGUUCGCCGUGCUGGACAGCGCCGCCGGUUGGCCGCGGCAGGCCGUGUGCUACGCCAAGCUGUUCGGUUCGUCGGGCAGCUGCGCGUUCGUGUUCUCCGCAAUGCUGGCCCGGAGCAUGAUGAUCGCCGCGUGCGACUGCGACUCGAGCUUCAUGAGUCACGUGAACGGUUACCUGCAGACGUCCCUGUUCGCGUUCACCGUGGGCGUGCAGCUGGCGCUCAUGGUCCAGUUCGCGGCCAUACACGCGGCCGUCGUGCCGUCGUCCGACCUGUGCCGGGUGUUCGUCGACGGUCCCCUGUUCCUGGGCACCAUGUCGUACGACGCGCUGCUGCUGGCGCUCCUGUGCGUCACGUCCCCCUUCGUGUUCCGGUCGAAGCGCAACUACCGGGAGGGCGCGUGCUUCGCCAUCGCCACUUACCUGGUGUCCGCCGUCUGGCUGGGCUGGGGCGCGGCGUACGCGGCGCUCCCCGGACAGUGGUCCGACAUGUGCGUGAUGGUCGGCCUGACGGCGACCGCGACCGUGAUCGUGAUCACCGUGUUCAUACCGCGCACGUACAUGAUGAUGUUCGGCAUCGUACGCGAACAGAUCACCAGCUCGCUGCCGUCCCUCGGUUACGGUCACGGCGGCGGCGCCAGCGUCACGGACGUUAACUACAGGAGCACGCAGGCCCUGUACGAUUCGGUCCACGUGGCCGCCCCCAAGUGCCAGUCGUCCAGUUUCAAGGGCCAGUCCAACCCAAAUUACUACUCGCCGGCCGGGUCGCAUAUACAUUCGAUUCCGAGGAGCCGGCCACUGACUCCGGUCGACGAGUAUGACACACCUCCGUCCAUCGACCACAGGAUAACCAGAUUCUAAGUAUACAGUCGAGCCCUUAUCGAUCAGCUGGUUGUCCGCGGUGACGUUCGUUCGAUUACUACUUGUACCAAAUUAUUAUCGAUGCCAAUAAAUAGGUCUAAAAUAACGCGACUACCCUCUGACCGCGCCCCGUUGAACGAUAUAUUAUAAUAGUAUUGUUAUUAUAGGUACAAUUUAUAUUCAUCGAAUCUCCUCGUUCGUUUUUUUCAUCAUAAUAUUAUGUGUAUGUAGGUACCGUACUCAUAAUUACUAUUAUACGUACACAGGGUCCAAGGUCCGGGAUUUUGUAUUAAUUAUUAUGAUGCACACAAAAUUAAAAAAAUUUACAUAAAAAUAGGUACUUGGAAAACGGAAUAAAGCUUUUAGAGGUGAACUGUAAAUCGUUAGUCAUUGUUUAUUAUUUUUUUACACAUUUAUUAUGAACUCAUUUAAAUGGCAUUAGUUUGAAAUUAUAAAUUUAGUAUUGUAUUUAUAUUAUAUGUAUAUACAUAUAAUUAUAAAUGCAUCUGUUCUAUCAUUGAGUAAUUUUAGGUUCAAAUAAUAGUUACAAUCAAAUAUUUAACCAAACUUCGGCAUAAGGUUCAGAGACUUUUUUAGUUCUAAUUAGAUUCAUUUUCUCUAGAAAAAUAAAUCUCUACAAAUAGGGUGUUUAUGAACGUUAUACUCCUUUUAUUCAAGGUUUGUCCUUGUAUCUACUAUCUUAUAGUUUAUAUGAUAUAGUAUUAAUUAUUGUAUUAAUUGUAUACCUAUAUAUUGUAAAUAUUUGCUUAAUUAUAAUAAUAAUAAUAAAAAAAAUUAAUUAUUCAAUUUCGUUUUUAUAUAAUAUUUAAUUUUUAUGUAAUUAUCUAGAGUUAUGUAACUUACAUGUAUAUGUUUUUACUUAAUAUAUAUAAAGACAAAGGAAAAUCAUCCUUUUCAGGAUUUACAAAGGAUCUACAACAGUUUUACAUCACUAUAUUGUAUUAAAAACCGUUGAAAUAUUUUAUUAGAACUAUUUUAAGUCAAAUGUAAAAUGUACAUACAAAUCUGAGACCACAUUGUAACUGCCCAUUAAUUAGAUACCUAAUUAUCUCAUUGAUUUUGUAGUUACUAGUUCCUUACCUUAUUUCUCGAUUUAAUAUGACUUCUGCUUCAUAUUGUCAGAUAAUCAAUGUUGCAUUGUAUAAUUCGAACCUAUGUAUAAUACGAGUAUAUAUUAUGAAGUGUAUUAAUUAAUCAGAUAAUAGAUAAUUUGUAAUUAUUUAAAAUAUAUUAUUAUUAUUCAGUA